CUCUUCUCCGCGGAGUUUGACAGCCCACUCUCUAGGAGGAGGAAUACACCAUGGCCGCCGCCUUCGUGCUCCUCUCCGUUGCUAUCGCCGCCGUUUGCUUCCUUCCGCCGCCCGUCGCUGCUCAGGCGUGCAAGUCCCAGAAUCUGGGAGCCAACCGGGUGUUCGCGGACUGCAGCGACCUCCCCCACCUGUCCGCCUCCCUACACUGGACCUACAACAGCACCGCAGGGGCGCUCUCGAUCGCCUUCAUGGCGCCACCGGCGGCGCAGGGGGGUUGGGUGGCGUGGGCGAUCAACCCGACGGGGACGGGCAUGGCGGGGUCGCAGACGCUGGCGGCUUUCAAGGGAGCGGACGGGAAGAUGGUGGUGAAGACGUACAACAUCACAGGAUACGAGCCGCUGAAGGAGUCGAAGAUCGCGUUCGAUACGGCGGAUCUCGCGGCGGAGUACACGAACGGGACGAUAAGGUUGUUCGGGACGGUGAAGGUGGGGAAGGAUAUGAAGGCGGUGAAUCAGGUGUGGCAGGUGGGGGCAUCGGUGAAGGACGGCGUGCCGGUCAAGCACGCGUUCGAUCCGGACAAUUUGGCGGCCAAGGGCACCUUGACUUUGGCCCAGGCGGUCAGCCCCGCACCCCAGGAGUCCGGCGCCGGGAAGAGGAAUCUCAGUAACCUUCUUUAUUUUGUCAUGUUUUUAUUUUUACUUUUUUAGGAGAUUCCAGGAAUUUUUAUUGGGUAAGCAAUGGCUAUUGAUUGCUUUGUUGGUGAUUUCGAAGUUUUCUAAUUUUUUUUCUUCUAAUAAUUUUUUAAAUAAUAUAAAGUGAAGUUGGACUCUUUUGUAUUUCGGUAUAUACAGAAUUUAAUUCUUUAGGAUCCUUUAUA